UCAGGAAAAAGUGUCAUUAGCGGCAUUAGGUGACCUUCAAGAUGGCCGCUAUGUACCGCCUGCCCCGCCUGGUUGACGCUCCUCAGGUGCUUCACCUACCUACUUCCAUGUACCUAAUGGACACACUUAACACCUGCUGCCACAGAGACCUAGGUAGUACCUACUAUUCACCUAAUCAGGCAGCGGCGGCGCUACUGGAGGUGCGGCAGGAGGCAGUGAAGAGCGAGGGUGUGGCAGCGCUAGAGGUGCGGCAGGAGGCACUGCUGGAGCGACUGCAGCAGCUGCGACAACAGCUGGACCACCUGCUGAGUAAUAAAGUGGCUGUCAACACUCGGUCUUCCAGCACUGCCAUCAUAGGCGCAGCUGCACUCUCCUCACCUGUUAAGGAGGAGGGCAGUGAUGCUGGAGCAGAAGGUGAAUUACAGCGGCUUCAAGAGUCAGUGCUGUUCCGGCUGAGGCGCUUGAGGUCUGAGCUGGACCGGGUCUGCCAAGCAGGUGGGGAAGUGGCAUUGCCAGCUGAGCCUAUAACCCUGGUCGAGCAGCAGCAGUGCAUCCUGGGGGUCAUCAAGGCACUCAAGGAAGAGGUGGAGUUUCUGGCAUCACUGCACAUCAAGGCUGACACUAAGGCGUUGCCCACCGAGGUGGACAUAACGACGCACCACACACUGGUCGUCAAGAAACUCUACCUGCUACAGGAAGAGUUGGUCAAGAUGGUGAGAGGUUUACAUAAUGCAUCAUGGGAGGGGCCGCCACCCUGGCGGUGCCGCUUCCACUCUUGCUGUGACCCCUCCAACCUGUCUCCCUCACCAGCGCCGCUUUCGCCACUAGCACCAAGGUCGACAGUGCAUGACCUGGUGAUCUCGGCCAGUCCGGAAGCACCACCAUUCUCGCUGCUCUUGCUGCGCCGGCUACUGAAGACAGCUGGCAUCUCUGUGUAUUGUGCCAACCAUCUGCACUCCUCUGUGUCACAGGUUAGUGAGAGACUACAACACUGGUUCAUGGAUCAAGACCCAGAUGGUCGCAGUAGUUGCAGAGUAGCGUUCACCUUACACUGGAAAGACGCGAGGGUGCCCAGCUUAAUGGUGGACCCGCUCCGUCAAACGACCAUAUCAGGAGAGGUGAAUAUCGUGCGUUAUGUGUCCCGGCUCUUCCCACUGUCAUCGCCAUACAAUUAUGAAGCCUCUGGAACCUUUGCCACCAUAACGGAAACAGAUCACGUUCUGGAUCAGUUAUCAAGGCAGUUGACUGAGGGUAACAACCGAGAGAGACAGGCAGCACUCAGGCAGUUAAAUGCACGACUUGGGAAGACUGGAUGGUUGAUGGGGACCUCAUGUAGCAUCGUUGAUGUCUUGGCUUGGUCGUUGAUGAGACAGAAAGCGAUGGUUGAUGCUGGUGCACCAGCCAAUGUUGUUAAGUGGUACAAGACUGUCAACACACUGGCUGACUUAGGUGAAUCUUGGUGAAUACGGCAGUUAAAUUGGAGUCAAAAACGUCGGAUUUGCAGCAAAGGCGUUGUGGUGGAUGGCACUGGGCUCCAGGCUUAGCUGCGUCACCCUAUAUGUCCUGGACAACACCAGGUGCCAGGCAGGGCUGUGCCACUCUUCAUGUCCUGGACAGCUCAGCUCUACAUGGUUUGCCACUAUCAGGGCUGUGGUACACAGCGGCCGUCAUCUUAAAUAAACGAUUACGUUGAA